CAUGUCUUUUAGUUUAGUUUCUUCCAUAUCCUUCUCUCUCUCCACUGGGUAUCAAAUUUUGAAAUUUGAUUUCAUUUUCUUUGUUACAGCUGGAUUGUUGCUUCAAAGUUUGAGUCCUUUCUUCAACAUGAAAAGUAGGAACUCCUGCACCGAAGGAAGAGAAGACAAAAUCAAGGAGGAACAAGGAAAUUGUUGAUGAGAAUGCGCCUCUGAUACGUACUCAGAUAUCACAUCUAACACAGAAUUGGACAACGACAUUGCAAUUUACUGGGGACAAAAUGAUGAUGAAUGGAGCCUGAGAGAAACAUGUGCAACUGGGAAAUACUCCUAUGUAAUCAUAGCCUUCCUGAACAAAUUUGGGAAUGGCAAGACCCCUGAAAUGAACCUGGCAAGUCACUGUGAUCCUUCUUCCAAUGAUUGCACUGCUUUAAGCACAGACAUCAGGAGUUGCCAAAUGCAAGGGAUCAAAGUCUUGCUGUCCAUUGGAGGAGCCGUUGGAGAUUACAGUCUAGCUUCCUCUGAUGAUGCUGCAACCGUUUCUGAUUACUUGUGGAACAAUUUCUUGGGUGGCAACAACUCGAAUUCGCGUCCACUUGGGGAUGCUGUAUUAGAUGGCAUUGAUUUUGAUAUAGAGAACUCCACAGGGAAACACUGGGAGGAACUUGCACGUGACCUCAAGUCACAUAGCACCUCAGCACAAAACGUUUACUUGAGUGCAGCACCUCAGUGCCCAUUUCCUGAUGGUGAACUGGGCAUUGCACUUGACACGGGAUUUUUUGACUUUGUUUGGAUACAGUUCUACAACAAUCCUGAGUGUGAAUAUACCCAAAGCAAUGCCUUAAACUUGUUGAGUUCAUGGAAUCAAUGGACAGCAUCAUUGAAAGUGGGAAAAGUCUUUUUAGGAUUGCCUGCAUCUCCAGCAGCAGCAAAUAAUGGCUAUGUUCCUGCUGAUUCGUUGGCAUGUAACAUUCUUCCUGUCAUAAAAAAGUCCCCUAACUAUGGAGGUGUGAUGCUGUGGACAACGUACUAUGAUAAACAAAGCGGAUACAGCUCCUUCAUCAGAAGUUCUCUUUGCCCACCUGAAUAUGGAGGAAAUGACAGCCACAAAGCAUACAACUGGUGGAUGUGGCUUAUCAUUGGGGUCGGAGCAGCCCUUGCAAUAUCCCUCAUCUUCUACUUGUGCUGUACCCUGCGAAGAAAAGACAAAGCAGAAGGGGAUGGAAAAAUGAACCAAGCAAUGAAUAUUGAAAUGGAGGACAGGGCAAGUAAUGAGGACAAAAUGUUAAGUUUUGAAAGCAUUGUUGCUUCGAGAGAGAUGAAAGAAUAAUAGUGAACUUGUACAUCUCGAAAAGAAGUUUGGACUUGUUAAGCAGUUCGUCAUUAUCCCGACAGAUCAUUGAACUUCAGACAAGUUUUAGGCUUUUAGCUCAUUGCCUACUGCUAAGGAUUCUUGAUGAAUUCAGACGCAAAUAGAAAAAUGUGAUAGAUUGGGAAAAUGAACUAACAUCACUAAAGGCAUCUCAGUGACUUUUUUAUCUUCACAAUAAUUCAAGACUACUAGUGAUGCAACAGAACCUGAAAGCAGGAAUAUAUUGCUUGAUAAAGAGAUAAAUCCUAAAAUAUUUGAUUUUGGCAUGCCUCAAAUACUUGGUUUAAAACUUCAUGAAGAUAGAAAUGUAAUUGUUGGCAAAUAGUAAGUAUAUGAACCAUGAUGCCUAAUUCUUCAUCAAUGUAACUGUAGAAGAGUUGGAGGUUCAUUACAGCAGGCAAGAACAUCAUUCCUUUAAUGAUGUAAGUAUGUAACACUUUCUAAUAUGUCUGGAAGAUAAUUGUACCACUAUGUAACCCAACUAGAUGAUUGCAUUUAUGAACACAGACUUCAACUUUAAUCCGUAAUGAGUAACAAAUUCUUAGUUUUUGAAUUCUACUUCUUAAGAUUUAGGAGAAAUUAAUAACCUCACUGAUUGGCUGGCUGAAGUUCUAACUGUGGUAGUUCUCGGUUAGAUAGUCUACAUCUAGAUUCAAGGAAGUAUAGCUUUUACUCCUUAAUCCUUAUUGGUUGUAAACUUAUAUGUCUGUUUACCAAUGAAUAGAAACAAUUUUAGUUCAAAAUUUCCACUAUAAUAGAUGACAAUUAAGUUAUUUCACAAAGAGCUAGAACACAAAUGGAAAACAAAAUAUAAGAACCAAUUAUCUCAGCCAAAAAGAAUCAAUAAAAAGACGAAAGAAUACAGGAUAAAUUGAAAACGACAACGAGGGGAAUGGGAGUAGGGAUCUUAACCUCAUCAAACCAAAUAAGGUUUCAAAUGAGAUUGAAACUCGUGUGAUUCUGAAUAGCUUUCUGAAGCUCAAUAUAGUUUUUCCACAACACUCCUUGAGAGUCGAGAGUCGAGACUAGAAUCAAGUAAGGGUUAAGUAACUAACUAAUAUACGCUUCAAAAUUCACAUUUGACAUGUAUUAACCCCAGUGUUGGUAAUCGCGGAUUGUGGAAAUAGCGGAAAGCCAAAAACCCGCUAUUUCAAGCCCUCAAAGCGGCAAAUAGCGGAGUAGCAGUGAGCCCUCAGAGCGCUGCGCUAUAGCAUUGCUAUAACCGCUAUUUGAACCCAGAGAAACAAAGUUGUGUCCACUUGGUAGAACCUAACUUUUAACUCGCUUAAAUAUAGGCUAUAUUCCACUUCCUAACAUUAAAAAAUUUCUCCUACAAAUAUUUCACUAAAUACUAAAACAAUGUUAAUCAACUUAAAUAAACCAAGUUGGAAGAAUUCCUACAUAAGCAUCCAAAUGAACUUUGAAUAAAACUGAAUAGGAAUCCAA